GCGGCGCCGGGGGAUGGCGGCGGAGCUGCAGGAGCUGCGGGCGCUGGUGGAGCGGGCGGGCGGGCGGCGGGCCGUGCUGCUGGUGGCCGAGGUGGCGGAGGGGGCCCCGGCGGCGGCCACGCUGGCCGCCUUCGCCCGCGACCUCAUGGGCGACGAGGCGCCGCCGGGGCCGGUGCCGGGAUGCCGGUCCCGGCGGCGGGCGGGCGGCGGGCGGCGGGCGCUCUCAGCGCGGCUGCUGCUGGUGCUGUGCCGCGGCGGGACGGCGCGGGGCCGCGGGGCCCGGGCCCGGCUGCGGGAGGUGGUGCGGGACGUGCGGGGCCGCCUGCCCCCGGCACCGCCGCCCGCCGUCGUCGGCGUCCUCCUGCCCGGCGGGGACGGGGAGGACGCGGCGGUGCUGGACGCCACGCUGAGGCGGUACUUCCCGGUGUCCGGUACGGUGCAGGCGGCCCGGUACAGCCCCGGCAGCCCCGCCGCCCUCCGCGACUGCCGCGCCGCCGCCUGCCGAGCCCUGCGGGCCGCUCUGCAGCACCCCGCAGAAGAGGGGAAAGACAGAGAGAGGUGGAGGCUUCUAUCCUUCCUGCGGUGCAUUUCUUGGAGCCGGAGGAGCCGGAGUAAAGGUCAUGAAGCAAAAGCUGCAAACAAUGUUCACGAAGGGCUGGAAGGAGUGUUCCCAAACCGCUUGCAUGUGGGGCUGGGGGGAAGGAGGAAGAGUGCGAUCAGUCUUGGGCUGACUCAGAAGGAAAUUGUUCAGUCUGUGUUGUACCAUUGGCACUUCUGCUCGCCUUUCCCAGCUGUGACUGUCUUUUUGCAGAGAGCUCCCAUGCAGGAGGCUACAAGGUGUGUGGUGUGGAGAUCCAGACUGCUCUACGGAGCACGUAGAUGAGGGGAAGCUCCUCCACUGUAAAAAGCAUAAUGGUCUACGAAAACAACUGAAAUGUUUGUGCACCUUUGAGACGUGUCCUCUAGAGUCAGAAAAUUUAAGUGUCUGAUCUUGCCGUCGGUGCCAGGCAGGUGACGCCUCACGGCCAUGCAGCUUGUUCUGACAUUGCUGAGACUGCAGGAGGCUGGGGAGCUGGGCCCCGUCCUCCUGUGGUCAUAGAUCACCCCUCUUCGUUGAAGCAAUGUUGAGUUUGUAAAACAAAAUGCAAAUCGGUUAUGAAAAAAAUCAGCUGUGCUUAAGUCGUGAGUAUAUAGCAAUUGCUUUGUCCCAUAUUUUCUUUUCAUGUUGUUUUAAGUUGCAUUUUGCAUGAAGACGAGUUUCCCAUUCAGAUCUCCCUUUACCUCCCUCUGCUCUUUGCAGCUGACUUGCAGGACCCCGAGGAAGAGGUGGCUCUGACCAGCCUGUCUCCCAAUGGAAACUGUGAAGAAGCUGCUGGACGCACGGACACCUAGAGCUGCUGUGUCCGUGUCUCGGUUCUGCCCGUGAAUUGGGAGCAGUGGGAGGAGGAGCUGGUGCAUACCCACUCACUCUCUCCUCCGAGGACCCACUGCUUUGGGGAGAAGCUGCUUGGCUUAACUUGCCAGGGUCUUCUGUAGCUGCCAACAGCCUCUGAGGUCUGUGCCAGAGAGCCAUCCUCUGCUGCACCCUCCUGCCCAGGGGUGCCUGGAGCUGCUGAUGGACACUGGGCUUCUGAGAAGCCCUUUGGGGAGGUAUCUCAUGUCCUGGGUGAGAUGAUGUGGGGACUUUGGGUGUGAAAUGCAGCCACCUGCUUGAAGAAAGAGGAAUGCUUUCUAAUUCUGAGCAGAGCUCCCUGCUGAGGUUGCCAGGGCUGGCCUCCCUGAAAAACAGAUCCUGCUGCCUUGUUUUCCUGCUUUAUUGCUGCUUUGAAGUUCCUGCCCCCUCUCUGAUAAGGCAAAAGGAAAAAAAAAAAAAAAAAGAGAGAAAUAAUACACAGUGGUGCGAAGACCGCAAUGGGACUAAGUAUGAGGUCUCUGUAACUGUGCAAUGUGAAGAAAUGCAAUAAUGGCCCGCUGUUGGGUAGCAAGAAUAAUGCAAAAGAUACUGAUAGUAAUGGCAGCUGGAGCAGAGUGUGAUUUGGGAGCAGGAUCCAUCCCUCUGGCUUGUCCUGGUGCUCAUAGACUGACUGAUGGACUGCCUGGGUUGGGGGGGUGGCAGAUGGACACUGCGGUGUGGCUGAUGCUAGACAGGGUUAUGGGAGAGGCCCAUCUUACCUGGGGCAUCUCCAUACCCAUGUGGCGGCUGGUCUUGGAGGUGGCCUGCAGCCUUCCUCUCAACAAGAUGUGGCUGCCGCAUAAAUAAAUAUAAAAAUAAUCUGUUCAAGUAGUUCCAAAGGGCUGCCUGUAGCCUGUGGGGCAAGACAAUUAAUUACAAAUCCUUGGUUUAUGAGUAAUAUUAUUAUAAUGGUAGGAAUACCUUUUUUAUUUUUACUUUAAUGCAACAUAAAAUAGGUCUUGUUUUCCUUUUAGCACAAGCUGGGUUUUGUUUGGGACUGGCUGCCCUUUUGGAGUUUAAGGCCAGAAACUUCAGCCUAUCAUGUCCUGCCUACCUCUUCUCUGCUGAAUUACUUCUGCUGCUGAAUUACGGCAGUAAGUCCUCCCUGCAUGUCUGUGAUUUCUCUCAUUCCUUUUUCGCCAGUGGCAGCUGAAGUGUCUGCAGUCCUGCCAGCUCUGGCCAGUACUCUCUCCCAGCAGUGUGCCUUCUGCAUCUCUCUAGCUCUUACUUGGAGUAGGGGAUGGGUUUUUUUACCCAGCUCUGCUCAUGACCAUGUUCCUCAACGUUUUUCAACAAACCAUUUUUCUGUGCCUUGGUUUCCCCAGCAGUAGGAUGGGGACAGCAACACUUACCUACCUCACUGGAGUAAUGAUGGCAAUGCUGGAGCAGAGCUUAGCAGCUCUUGGGUUUAGAGUUGGUCCCUUUUGUGACGGUGCUUUGCCCUUUUGGCUGUGAGAGAGUGACCGAGCGUGUCGGGGGCAUCCUGGUGGGGUCAAGUGGGAGAGAUGGGGAGCAUUUCCAUGUGUGCUCAGCAAGUCUCUGUUAUCAUGCUGCUCGUUUGAAUGCGUUGGGAUAAUUAGGCUUGGUCUACGUAGGAAAGCUUUGCCUGAAAUACAUCCAUAAGGCGCUGUAGCUGCUCCAUAAGGAGGCGGGAGGGAGGGAGUAGGUGGAUGCCAAGUCCCUGUGAGCAGCAUGUAGGGAAGCGUGUGUCCCAUCUCUUCACAGCAGAAACACUUUCCUGCGUGGGGGUAGGCUGGGGAGAGCGAACCUAGGAGACAGCUGACAUUGGCGGAGCGUGUUGCUCUGCAGAGAGGGCACCGAGCCCACUCUCCUUCCAGCCUGCAGGAUUUCUGGAGGUUUUCAUCGCUUAUGACCAGGUGGAAAAUACACAUGUAUUUUCUUAAUGAAGUCACUUGGUGUGGGUGGCUGUAGUCAGGACCCCAGGGCUUCAGCACCGAGUACUAAGCACAUCUUGGCGAGAUGAAGGUAUCCUCCCGCUCUGUGCCUGGCAUGAGCAUGUAGAUCUGCUGUGCGGUGGAGUCCCUCUGCUGGUCUUCACAGCAGAGCCCAGAUCACUGGGCAGUUAUGUACUUUCCCGAUAAAGCCCUUGGUUAGGUAACUCCAGUGGGACUUGACAGUCUGAUCAGGUGAAUCUAUAUUUCCUUGCAGUAUUUGGCCUUUGCCACAUAGAAUUUACCAAUUGAAGAGGUGGCCCAAGAGUACAGAUUUGCAGUUAAACCUAUCUUAGUGCUACAAAUCCAAUGGAUUUAUUCACAAGUAAUUUUAAAGUAAAUCAUGCAAGUUUACCCUUGCAGUGAGACUUUUGUGGAAGUGGAUGUACUGCCUGGAGUUUAGAAGGUACGAGUGGGAGUACAUUUGACUAAAAGUAUUGUUUUCUUUUGACCGAGGAAUGAAAGUGACUUGAAUUCUUUUUUUCUUUUUUUUCUUUUUCACUAGCUGGGCAUGCGGAGGUGCAGCAGAUAGUUUUACAUGUUUAAUUGAUUUAAUAAUUUAAGGGCACUGUUAUCUCACAUGCUUGCUGUAAAGAAUAA